AUGACUGACAGCGGCAAGUGUGCAUUUGUGCUUGGAAUCGAGCUUUUGGACGGUGCAAAUGGAAGCGUGACACUAUGUCAGCGUCGGUAUGUAGAUGGCAUACUCAAGCGCUUUGGCAUGGAUGAUUGCAAGGACUUCGCAAGUCCAGUCGACAUGAGCUCUCGACUUGUUUCAAUUGAUGCAGCCACCAAGGUCGAUGCUCCUUUUCGCGAAGCUGUUGGUGCGUUGAUGCACCUGACCACUGCAACGCGCCCGGAUAUUGCGUUCGUUGUGGGCUAUGUGUCGCGGUUCAUGGAGAACCGCCAAGAAGAACACUGGGUUGCGGUCAAGCACAUCUUCAGCUACCAACAAAGCACCAAGAUGCACGGAAUCUGCUACAAGCCAAAUGCGAAGAUCGACUUUCGUGGCUACUCGGAUGCAGACUGGGCCGGUGACCUCGCAGAUCGCAAGUCGACGUCUGGUUACGUAUUCAUGCUGUUGGGUGCGCCAGUGAGUUGGGGCAGCAAGAAACAGCCAAGUGUUUCGUUGUCCACGACUGAAGCUGAAUACAUCGCACUCAGCUUGGCGAUUCAAGAGGGCAAGUGGAUUCAUCGUCUGCUUUGUGAGAUCGUGAUGGCUGCCAAUGAAGAAGGACCGUAA